UUUUAAAUAACGUGUAUGAUUUAGGUUUCUGGAUAUUUGAAGAAAAGGCUUAUAUUGGGAGCAUAGGAUGCAGAACGAAGAGGGAAAGCUCACUGAGCUAUACGUUCCUAGAAAAUGCUCUGCCACUAACAGACUGAUAACUGCGAAGGACCAUGCAUCGGUUCAGAUUAACAUUGGUCAUUUGGAUGAGAGUGGUAUCUAUAAUGGUCAUUUUUCCACAUUCGCCCUAUGUGGUUUCGUCCGGGCACAGGGAGAUGCUGAUAGUGCCCUAGAUCGCUUGUGGCAGAAGAAGAAAACAGAAGUUAAGCAACAGUAG